CGAGGCGGGAGGAGCGGGGGACAGGAGAUGGGGCGGGGGCAGGGGAAGUUUGUAGGCAGCGGCGCGGGGGAUGGGAGAGGGGUCCCUCGCCCCAAUCCGGUCCCGUUGCCAUCCUAUACAUAGCGUGACAAAGCCACUUCAAAUAAUUGCAACGAUUCUAGCAGUCUUGUGUGUGCGGGACUUCCAAAUUGUUCCUCAGCUCUCUUACUGGAUGACACCAAUUAUGCUUUUCAGAUGCAUUGAUCCUAUAAUUUGUUCUAGCCAUGUUUUUAAAAAUUCGCUAUUCCUUCAGUCAAUUGCUGAAACCAUUGCACAGUUGCUCGUAUGGCACCUUUCUAAGAACCUUAACCACAACUAACUCUCCCGCCACCCCAACAUUUGACGCCAAAUUUGAAAAUGUUAGCCAACUGGAAAAGGCAAUUUCUCUCUUUUACGAUCUCAGCUUCCCACCUAAUUUCUCACUGCCAUAUGCUAGGCUUUUCCAAGCAUGCGCUCGCCACAAUAGACUCGACUUAGGCCAAGAUCUCCACCACCAUUUGCUCACCCAUGAAACCACCGAGGAUAUUGACUUGUACACUACCAACCACCUGAUUAAUAUGUAUGCCAAGUGUGGUGAUUUGUGUACUGCCUACCAGAUGUUCGAAAAAAUGCCUCACAAGAAUAUUUUCUCUUGGACUUCUUUAAUUUCUGGUUAUUCUCAACAUGGGAAAGUUGAUGAAUGUUUUAGUAUGUUUACUGAUAUGUUAGCUCACUGUAGGCCCAAUGAUUUUGCUUACACCAGCGUGCUGUCUAUAUGUGAUGGUUUUCGGGGUAGGCAAGUGCAUGGAGUUGUUGUAAAAACAGGAUUUGGUGCAUAUGUCUAUGUGGCGAAUGCUUUGAUUACCAUGUACUGGAAGAGCAGAGAGACGGGAUUUUGCAGAAUUUACAACAAUAGUGAGGAGGCUUGGAGGGUAUUUGACGGGAUGGAGUUCCGCAAUCUUGUAACUUGGAACGCAAUGAUUGCUGGAUUCCAAAUGCUGGGACAGUGUUCAAAUGCUGUUAAUUUUUUCAUCGCAAUGUGUAGAGACGGUGUUGGGUUUGAUCGUGCUACGCUUGUAAGUGUCCUUUCUGCAUUUUCUGAAAAUAAUGAAUACGAAUAUGUUUCAAGCCUCAAGUAUUGUUUUCAAAUACAUGGUAUUGUUAUAAAGGCCGGGUUUAAGUUGGAUGUUGCAGUGGUGACUGUACUACUGAGUGCUUAUUCGAUUCUUGGAGGAGAGGUUGCUGAUUGUCAUAAGUUGUUUAUAGAGACUAAUGGGUGCCGAGAUGUUGUCUUAUGGACUGGUAUUAUCACUUCUUUUGCUGAUAGAAAACCUGGGGAAGCCCUUUUACUUUUUAAUUUGUUGCGCACAGAGGGGUUGAAUCCUGAUUGUUAUGCUUUUUCGAUUGUAUUAAAGGCUUGUGGAGGAUUUUCUAAUGACAAGCAUGCCCUGGCCGUGUACUGUUUAAUAACUAAAGUUGGUUUCACAAAUAACAUAGUUCUUCAGAAUGCUUCAAUUCAUGCAUUUGCAAGGUGUGGCUCACUUAGCCAAGCUGCGGUCAUCUUUGAUGAAAUGAGAAUAAGGGAUGUAGUUUCUUGGAACUCAAUAAUAAAAGCUUAUGCUUUACAUGGGCAAGGGAAGCAGGCAUUGGACUUGUUCAAACAAAUGGAUGUUGAACCUGAUGCAACCACCUUUGUUGCUCUUCUCUCCGCUUGUAGUCAUUCGGGAAUGGUGCAUGAAGGGGUUGAAAUAUUUGAUACCAUGUCCAACAGCUAUGGGGUUGUUCCCCAACUUGAUCACUAUGCCUGCAUGGUUGACAUUCUUGGGCGAGCUGGGCAUCUCGUUCAGGCUGUGAAGCUCAUAAGGGAAAUGCCCAUGCAACCGGAUUAUGUUGUCUGGAGUGCUUUGGUAGGAGCCUGCCGGAAACACGGUGAAACACAGUUAGCCAACUUUGCUGUAUCAAAACUAAGGGAGUUGGAUCCAGAAAAUUCUCUAGGAUAUGUAGUAAUGUCAAACAUACACUGUUCCACUGGUAGUUUUGAUGUAGCUAGUCUAAUAAGGAAGCGAAUGAAAGCACUUGGGGUACAGAAGGAGCCUGGCUUGAGCUGGACUGAUAUUGGUAAUCAAGUUCAUGAAUUUGUUUCAGGGGGUGGAGCACACCCACAAAGAGAGACAAUCCGCACUAAUACGAAAGAACUAGUUGGAAAAUUGAAGACACUUGGCUAUGUUCCUCAAACUAGUUUGGCCUUGCACGAUAUUGAAGAAGAGCACAAAGAGGAAGAAUUAUACUACCACAGUGAGAAGUUGGCUCUGGUGUUUACUUUGAUGAGCACUUCUGAUUUGAAUUGCAAGUUGGAUGCUGUUAGGAUCAUGAAGAAUAUUCGUAUUUGUCCAGACUGUCAUAAUUUUAUGAAAUUAGCAUCACAAUUAAUUCAGAGGGAGAUCGUUGUGAGAGAUUCAAACCGUUUCCACAAUUUUAUGAAGGGGUUUUGCUCUUGUAAUGAUUACUGGUAAUCCGCAGCUUACAUGGUCAGACAUUUUUCCUGUUGCAGACAACUUUAUUUGCAAAGUUGCGGCUCUCUGACUAGUGGGGGCCCAGAUGCCAAUAUGUCCUUAUGUAACUAGUCUCAGUAGUUUCAUUGUCACUUAACAGACUGUGAAGAAGCAUCAACAAAAGAGGUCUUGAUCAAGUUAAGCCCUACAACAUGCAGAAACUUAUAAUCAUGGAACUAUCUUGAAGCAUAUAAGUUGUUUGUUUUGUCUUCCUGACAAUACAGAUGCUUUUCAAGUACUCUGUUCUGAUCCUCAAUGACCGAUGUUGUUAAAUGUAGCUUCCAUUAGGCUCAUUUUGGUUUGGAUUUUUGAAUAAGAAAUGCUGAAGAAAGGUGAUGUUCUUUAGCUUGUUAGAUUGAUUUCUGGAGACAAUGGAGACAAUCGAAGUAUAGAGCAAAGACUAGUCAGUAUUAAAGGAUGACUGCAAUAUUCUUGUGGAGUAAAGAUGAGGAAUCAUUCUAUGGGUCCUAAAUCUGCUGACUUUCUACAGAUAAUUACUUAGUCAGUUCAACCCAGUUGAUGAACAUGUUCAUUGUUAUGCUGCAUCAAUGAUAUUUAACGGUUAAAAUGUAUUCACUAAAAAGCAAGGGUCUGCUUCAGCAAGGCUGUCUCUAACAUGAGGAUCAAGUCAGGUUAUAAAGGAGAAUAUGGUGUCAAAAGAGUGAAAUGGAUCCCUAAGUCAGGUCUCUAUUGGCUUGAUGGAUUAUAAACAUGUGCUGAUUAAGUGUGCAGCUGAGGCAGACUUCAAUACAAUUUGGACGAGAGGUAUUUGGCAACUGGAAAAAUUUCCAAUUCAGAAGGCCCUUAUUCUUGGAUUCGGCAAUGGCUACUGGCACACGUCCUAGUGUGGCCAGGGUGUGCGUGGAGGUUGAUGUAGCGAGGCCAGUCAUUUCAAGAGUAUGGGUGGCUAUCAAAGGGGAGACAGGAUUCUGGCAAAGAAUUGUGACAGAGGAUAUGCUGUCAUAUUGCUCCUCUUGCUGGCGUUUGGGUCAUUCAGCCGAGGAGUGUAAGAAAAAUUCUUCUGAGAUUGCGUCUCGGAACCAGAACAAUCAACACCUGAGGAUGCAGCGUGACCCACAGAUUGAGGGGAGUAACAAUCAGGUGUAUGUCCCUGUGAGCAAUCUAGUUGUUAAUGGGGCCAAGGAAGACCAAUUUUUUACAGGCUGCUCCUUCGUCGAAUGCGUCACCGGUUGGUCCUGAUGAUUCCAGAAAAGGCAAAGAAAUUGAAGUGGAGAGGAAGCAGCCUGCUGGGUCUGUUGUGCUAGUGGAUGGAGGUGAUAGAACUAAGCGGCAGGAGCUUGUUUCAGGGAGUGAUGCUGGCGACAAAUCUGGUGCUGCGGUGGGUGGUGGUACUGAAGAUAUUGCUUCUAUUGGUCAUGGGAAUCAGGAUGCAUGUGACGGGGUGGAGGGAACAUUGGAGGGGGAUCAAGGAGAAAUUGUUGCAAAGCUGGUUUCUAAAAGAGAACAUGAAGGUGAGGUGCGUCAGGUCCUUGAGAAGCAAUCCUUGGGCGCUAGACAGCAGCCUCUAGUCGCGGGCAUAUUGUUUCUUUAAAUAGCAGUGGGUUGGAGAGUUCGGGUGCAAAGUUGAAUGGGGAGGAGUUUGGGUUAGACGGGGUACAUGAGGAAGUUGGAGUUGAGCUACCUAUCGUCACAGGAAAUUUAUCUCCAAGGAUGGCUGUUAGACAAGAGAAGUUGCUGGAGUCGCCGGUGAUGGCUUUGAACAUUGAUCAAUCUGUUGCGGUUGAUCAAGGUUUCAAGCAAGCGAGAGGAAAAGAUGUGCGAGCUCGAUUUCCCUCUGAUAGACAGCUUCAAACUGUGACAUCUUCCCAUAACUCCUUCCAGGUUUUAUCUCAUGAUUAAUGGCAUUUUUUGAAAUAUUAAAGGGGUGCUAAAGCCCCUAAUCUAAGAAGAUUGAUUAAAUUAGUAAGGUUGUAUCAUGUUAAAUUCAUUGUGAUAUGUGACCCCAAGCUAGAUGUGUCUAAAAUUGAGUCCAUUCGGUUAUGAUUAUUGUUUGAUUUGGUGGUUGUUAAUAGUUCGGGUGAUAUUUGGGUGUUCUAUAGUAGUAUUUUUAUAUGUUCGAUUGUUGGUAAUUCGGACUAGCAUAUUUCUUUAUCUGUUCAAUAUCCAUUGAUGCCUGGUUCAAUCAUUAUGUCAUUUGUUCAUGCAAAAUGUUAAAUGGAGGAGCGAAGAGACUUAUGGCAAAACUUAUUAGCUAAUAAGCCUAGCUCCCUGCCAUGGUGCAUUGGGGGUGAUCUUAAUGUCAUAAUGGCGCCUCAUGAAAAAGGAGGGGGGGGUCGUCCGUUUUCUAUAGCUGAGGGGUGGAGUUUAUGUCCUUUGUGGAAGAGACUGAGGUUUUUGAUGUAGGUUUUUUGGGAGUUAGUUUCACGUGGUUUAACAAUCGGAGAGGCAGAGCUAGAAUUUCGAAGAGAUUGGACGGGUUGUUAAUAAAUGGGGAAUGUUCGGAUUUUUGCGCAUCGAUUUCUGUAGUUCAUUUGGCGAGACAUCUGUCGGAUCAUGUGCCAUUGAAGAUUUCGUUUGCAUCUCGGUUAGAUAAUAAGCUAAGACCAUUUCUAUUCUUGGAUGUCUGGACGACAAAACCAGAACUUUUGGUGGUGAUUAGAAGUGCCUGGAGUCGAGAAGCGAGUGGAUCUCCUUCGCAUGUUUUGUAUUCUAAAUUAUUGGUGAUGAGGAGGGCUAUUCAGGACUGGAACAAGCAAUGUUUUGGAAAUGUGUUUGACUGUGUUCGAGGGAUAGAGUCUGCGGUUGUAGACACCAAAAUUUCAUUUAUUUAAUUCAAUUUUAACUUUAUUUUUUUAUUUAUUUAAUUCAAUUUUAGCUUUAUUUUUUAUUUAAUUCAAUUUUAGCUUUAUUUGUUAUUUAAUUCAAUUUUAGCUUUAUUUUUUUAUUUUUGUUUUAUUUUAUUUUAUUUUAUUGAUUAAAUGAUGGUUAGUGUUUAUUUUUGCUAAUUUUUAUAAAUUAGGUUCAUCAUUUUUAUAUUUAAGAUAUUUUUGCAUUAAAUUUCUGAAAAGGAAAAUUCUCACAAAAAUACAAAAAAAUUGUUUUUAAUCCUCUUAGAUUCAAUUUCUUUAAAAUAAAUGAAAAUUUUGCAGUGCAAUUUCAAUUAGGAAUUAAAUUUUUUUAAAAAAAUUAAAUUAAAUUAAAAAUAUAGGAAAAUAUGUGAAUAGGUGGACAAGUGUGUUAAAGGAAUAUUAGACAAGUGUCUUGGUUUUAGCACAACACAUGUAAAGGGGGGUAGGUGGCAAGACAAGUGUUGAGCCUAGGAAAAUUUGAUGAAAAAAACAAACAAAAGAAAAUGGAAAAGGAGAGAGCUGGCAGUGAAGGAAAAAGGGGAAAAGAAAAAAAAAGCAAGAAAGGGGCGACGGGCAAGAAAAACUGGGGAGAGUUCUUCGGGGGAAAUACGAGAGAGAGAGAGAGAGAGAGCAAGAGAGGUAGGAGCGGCGGACGAAGAGAAAACAGAAGGGCUGAGGGAGAAAAAGAAAGCAAGGAAAAAGAGAGAGCCGAGGUGGGGAAGAGCUUUUGGGCAAGAAGGAAAAGGGAAAAGGAAAACCGAGAGGAGAAAGGGUAGAGGUUGAAGGAAACAAGAAAAGGGGUGGUAGAGAAUCUGGAAAAAGCAAGGAAAAGAGGCAAAAGCUGGGCGGAGGAAUUGUGAUUCGCUGUCAGCUUCGGAACUUCCCACCAUCACCAGGAACCUUCACCGAGAGAGAGUACUAUUCAUGUUGCUUCUUGAGAGGGCUCAUAUGAGCAGAUUUUGAAGAUGCAGGCUUCUUGUCUUCAGGACCAUUUUUUCCAGCAAUUGAAGGAACGGCUUCAAUGGUUGUCUUCUCAGCAGAAGGUGUAGUUUCAAAAGUUAAGUUUCUUUUUGCAACAAUGUUUGAAGAGACUGGCUUAUCUGCAUUAUCAGACUUGCGCCUAAUUGAAUCUAGGAUCAUUUUUGUUGUUGGGCUGAAGAAUUGCCAUUCAGUGGCAAGUUGGUCAGUGAAAGUGGAGCGAGCAGUUAAGUCAACCUGUUCAAUAGUGUUGGUCGGCUUCUUAGUUAUGGUUGGAGCAGUUGGAACAAGUUCUUCCACAGGAUUAGAGACAACUGUGCGCGUGAUUGCCAGGUUGAUUUCAGCUAAUUCUUCAGCAGUGCAUAUUUUGAGAAUGCUAUAGUUGUCAUCUUUCUGCCUUUGAUAAUUCGAGUCAAAAUGGCAGACAAAGCAUAGGACUUCACAGUUAUCAAUUGCGGAUGCAAUUUUAGAAAAAAUCUCAACAGCCUAUAUUUUGCAAAUAAACAAAAAAAAAGCUCAAUACCCUAUAUUUUCAGAAAUUUUAUAGACUGCCAGAAAAUGUAAACAUGAUGCAAUUUCAGAAGAAAGCUUAAUAGUAACAUAGAUUGAAGACAACAUGAUUUGGGAAGUUCCAGCGACUUUCCUUUAACAUUCUAGCCCAAAUUUCCAAUUUUUCACAAGUUUUCAGCCAAACAUCAUAUAACACUUGAGAUAAACAUAUUGCAUGCAUUUGCUAAUAUUAUUUUCCAAAGAAACAUUGAUAACAAGCUGCAGCUUCAGCUUUCUCUGUCGGUUCCUACUGUUUUUUUUUUCCAAUAGCUAAUCAGUUAUUAAAUAGAAUUUUCCUCAACUAAAACUCAUUUUUCUUUGCUAAAAUUCAACAUGCUACUUAAGAAUUCAGUUAUACCAGAUAAUUAAAAGAUUGUUGCAAUCUUAAUGCUGGCUAAAAGAAACUUUUAGCUAGUUCCAGUUAGGAAUUUUGUUUGUUGACUGCGAUUGAGUCCUUUCCUUGGAAAGAAUAGCAAAAUAACCAGAGGGACAUUACCAGAUUUGCAAGCCAAUCAAUGCAACCAUAGACAAAAGAAAAUAGAGAUAUUGCAUGUCAAUGGUAUGAGUUUUUCAGCAUCUUACAUGUUCAUCAGUUUCACUUAGUUGUACUGUUGUGAAUGGUAUGAGUUUUUCAGUAUCUGUACCAAACACUAUUGCAUAUAUUGAACUUGUUCCAUCAUCAAUGAUAAUUCCAAUACGGCAUCUGGUAUAUGAUAGCAGUGAAUAAUGGUUAAACAAUGAAAUAAAACAGAAUUAUUGUUAAGAGCACAAUUGUAAAAUUGCAUGCCUUGUUUACUUGGCUUCAACGGCACUUUCUUCUCUGCAAGAUGGACAUUUGAUGAUCCAUUCCAAAUUAGAAUCUACAACCUUUUGACAGUUACUAUAUGCAGCAUACCAGAAAGAUCGCUGUUCAGCUGCCAAAGAAGUAUUUUCUCGUAUCCAGGCAGUCUUGACCUAUAGUUUAUAUUGUAUUAGAUGCAAAGUUAAGUAAUUCAUUUUUCACUAAUGUAAAAGGUAAGAAAAUAGUAUAAGUCAGUUGGUGAUAUGACCGUAUUUACAUUUUUUAGCAUGCUCACAGCGUUCUCAACACUAAUGAUAUCAUUAUUUUUGGGCGGAGGCAGCAAUUUGGUUGAGUCUUUGUAACUGCCCUCCUCAAUUAGUUGUGCAAUUUGCUGCCGAUUCUGAUCAUACCUGUGAACAUAAAUAUGACAUGUUAUAUUUUUCAGUUCUUAUGUAUAAUUAUAAAACAUGAUAUGCUUACCAUUGCC